CUGGCCAGGGCCCCGCUUUUCUCCCAAGCAAUACCUGCAAUCGAGGUUUCCUCCCCAGGAGAUAGCAGCCUGUGAGCAUGGCUCAAGCAUUUGUGAACAGCAAAAUCCAGCCUGGGAAGGUAGUUGUGUUCAUCAAGCCCACCUGCCCCUACAGCAGUAGGGCCCAGGAGCUCCUCAGCCACUUGCCCUUCAAACAAGGGCUUUUGGAAUUUGUCGAUGUCACAGCCCGCAGUGACACCAACGAGAUUCAAGAUUAUUUGCAACAGCUCACCGGAGCCAGAACGGUACCUCGGGUCUUCAUCGGUCAAGAGUGCAUAGGUGGAUGCAAUGAUCUAGUAAAUAUGCAUGAGAAAGGGGAGCUGCUGACAAGGCUAAAGCAAAUUGGAGCUCUACAAUAAUUAUAGCAGAGCAGACCCCAGGCUGAUAUCCCCCUUGAGAGCUGGAUGGCAUUGCAGAUACUGACAGCACUUCCUGAUGGAUGGACCUGGGGCUACGUUUACCCAGCUACAGCAACUGUUUACUUAAAAGUUUGAAAUAUGUUAACGCAAAUAAAGUGGGUGGGGGGCAUUCUGGGGGCAAAAAACAGCUUUUUCUUCUUUUGACUCAGUAUUAAAAAGGGACCAACUUGCCCAAAACAACAGGUCUGAGAAGUUCGAUGGGUGUCUCAGGUUUCUUGUGGAUUGGCCCUUUGGUUUCCAAAAAGACAAGAUAUGCUUAGGAUUCACUCACUGACCCAAAAGAUGUUCCUUCUCUUUGGCACAUGUUCCUUACUACGUGUUCUCCACAUGCCGGGGCUCCUCUACCUCAACACCAGUGUUUCUCAACCAUGUAUAUCCCAGACCUCCUGGGUUGAAUCUAUAGUUGGUUUUCUGCUACUGUCCAAAGAUUGUUUUGUUGAGUUUGACUUUAUAGAAUUUGUAUUAUGAAAUCAAUAGAUAUUCUGAAUAUGCUUUAUCAAAGGGUAUCUCCUUAGCCACCAUCCCCACCCCACCUCCUACCCCCUCCUACUGUGAGAAUCACUGCCGUGAACCAGUUUUCUGAA